AAGAAACAGAGUCUCGUUCGAAGGCGCGCGUUCUCUUUUCCUUAUUUAUGCGCACAGGAAGCGAGCACGAGACGGUACGCCAACCCCCGGCUCACGCCAUCGUCCCCAACCAAAGAGAGAAUCUUUCAGACCGUCGAAGUCUAAUCCCCUCCGCCCUUUCUCUCCAGUCCCCCUCGCCCAAAAGCUCCUGGAUCGCUCUCUCUCGCGCGCGCUCGCGAACUCUGCCAUGGAAGAGGCCCAGGUUGUGGAGUCGAAGGAUGGGACGAUCUCAGUCGCUUCUGCAUUUGCUGGUCAUCAUCAAGCUGUUCAAGACAGGGACCAUAAGUUUUUAACAAAAGCAGUCGAAGAAGCAUAUAAGGGAGUUGAUUGUGGUGAUGGGGGGCCUUUUGGUGCAGUUGUUGUCUGUAACGAUGAAAUAGUUGUCAGCUGCCAUAACAUGGUUCUAAAGAAAACUGAUCCAACUGCACAUGCUGAAGUAACUGCAAUAAGAGAGGCCUGCAUAAAGCUUGGAAGGCUCGAGCUCUCAGAUUGUGAAAUCUAUGCAUCAUGUGAACCAUGCCCAAUGUGCUUCGGUGCGGUUCACCUCUCCCGAAUCAAGAGGCUUGUCUAUGGAGCCAAGGCGGAAGCAGCCAUUGCCAUUGGAUUUGAUGACUUCAUUGCUGAUGCUUUGAGAGGCACUGGGCACUAUCAGAAAGCCAACAUGGAGAUAAAGAAGGCCGAAGGCAAUGGAGCCCUCAUUGCUGAGCAAGUCUUCGAAAACACCAGGGAGAAGUUUCAUAUGUACUAAUGUUUAGAGCAUUGGACAGAUACCGCACAUGUUAAAGCCGAAAUAACUAGUUUCCAUUGUUUCUUAAACUAUCGAUUCUAAUGUAUUUUCAUUGUGAUGAAUGUUUAAUUUCUUGUGAACAGAAAAUCAAUUCUGUUCCAUGCUAUUGUGUAAUGCCAUAAUGUGUAGUUUGUCAAAUUUAAAUCUGAUGUUAAAAAACACAUUAGCUUUCUUGAUUA